AUGGAUCCAGAUAUUGAGACAAACAGGACGACUGUGACUGAGUUCAUCCUACUGGGCCUUGUGGAAACAGAAAAGCUUCAGGCUGUGGUGUUUGUCAUCUUCCUUUUUGCUUAUCUAGUCACAGUAGGAGGCAACCUCAGUAUCCUGGCAGCCAUCGUGGUGGAGCCCAAACUCCACCUCCCCAUGUACUUCUUUUUGGGGAAUCUAUCAGUGCUGGAUAUUGGCGGUAUCACUGUCACUGUUCCUGCAAUGUUGAGUCGUCUCCUGUCCCACAAAUGUUCAAUUUCCUUUGGAGCCUGCCUCUCCCAACUCUUCUUCUUCCACCUUCUGGUUGGGAUGGACUGCUUCCUGUUGACAGCCAUGGCCUAUGACCGAUUCCUGGCCAUCUGCCGGCCCCUCACCUACAGCACCCACAUGAGCCCAACAAUUCAGAGGCUACUAGUGGCUGCGUCCUGGGCUUGUGCCCUCUCCAACGCACUGACCCACACUAUUGCACUAACUACCCUGGACUUCUGUGGUCCCAAUGAAGUCAACCACUUCUACUGUGACCUCCCACAGCUCUUCCCCCUGUCCUGCUCCAGCACCCAAUUCAAUGAGUUGCUGCUCUUUGGUCUGGGUUUCAUAAUGGCAGGUUCACCCAUGGUUCUCAUCAUCAUCUCCUAUGCCCACGUGGCAGCUGCAGUUCUUCGAAUCCGCUCAGCAGAGGGCAGGAAGAAGGCCUUUUCCACAUGUGGCUCCCACCUCACUGUGGUUUGCCUCUUCUAUGGGACCGGCAUCUUCAACUACAUGCGUCUAGGUUCAGAAGAAGCUUCAGACAAAGAUAAAGGGGUUGGAGUUUUCAACACAGUUAUCAACCCAAUGCUGAACCCAUUUAUCUACAGUCUUAGAAAUCCAGAUAUUCAAGGUGCCCUGUUGCGGGUGUUUGUGGGGAGGCAGCCUCAGGGUUAG